GAAACGCCCAAUAACUUCUCUAGACAUAGAGACCUGUUACUUGUCUUACCAACCUAGAUUCUGCUUCUAUACUCUGUUCUACACAUCGCUUCUGCUACAAUACAUCUCUCGAAGCCCUCCCAUGUCGCGAGAUAGCGUCCCUCGCCGGCUUCACAGAUCAGAGUCCAUUGCCCACGCAAGGGCCCAUGUUAGUCAGAUUUCGCGGCGCAUACAUGGAUGGUCAUGGCAAGCAUAUCCCAUUGGUAUGGGCACCGGCGCCGUAUAUGUAACGCUUGCUGGGCUGAAGAAUCACCCCGGCCAUCCUCUGACCGUCGUCGAGACUGUCUUCUAUUUCUUGAACAUGGUGCUGUUUCUUCUCAACACUAGUACGCUUCUUCUCCAAUUAAUACUUUACCCGCGGCAAGCUCGUCGACUCAUUACUGACCCAGCGACGGGGAUCUUCGUACCCCUUAUGGUCUUGUCAUUUGCGACUAUUAUCAUUGGCACCAUUAACUAUGGAAUCCCGUCGGGUCGUGUCACGCCGAACUUUAUUUACGGUUUAUUCUGGACAUAUGUUGCACUCUCUGUCGCGAUCUGUUUCCCGAUGCUCAUGGUCUGGUUUAACAAACCGCAUGAUCUGGCAAAGUUCACGCCAGCGUGGGCCUUCCUGGUCUUUCCCAUGAUGCUCGUCGGAGUGGUUGCAUUCAACACUUUGAAGGUCAUCGCUCCAGAAGAGCCUCGAGCCUUGGGAGUUUUACUCACAGGCUACAUCUUCCAAGGUCUCGGCUUUUUCAUGACCUUUUUCUAUAUAUGCAUCUAUAUCCUCCGAAUCAUGACUACUGGCUUCAUGGACGGCCAUCAAGCUAACGGUGCCUUCAUCGCCUGUGGUCCUCCAGGGUUCACCGCCCUUGCGCUCAUCAACCUUGGAGACUACUCCAGAGACAUCUUGAAGAGUCGCCAGCUCAUCUCGGAUGUUGCCGGCGAUGUAUGGUACGCAGGCAGCAUCAUGGCGGCGUUGCUGCUCUUUGGCCUGGCAAUAUUCUUCUUUAUCUUUGGCGCGCUGCCUUACUGGUUUAAGCUGCACAAAAACUUGAGCGAGAUCUUGGGCUGCUGGGCACUGACCUUCCCAAACGUCGGCUGGAUUCUAACGCUUCGCAAGCUGGGUGACAUCUUCGACGUGCAGGGCUUCCACAUCUGGAACCUCGUGAUGACGAUCUGCAUGUGCGUGACGUGGCUCGUGCUCUUCGUGCUCACCGUGCUCGCCUUCUGGGAAGGCAAGAUCUUUAUCUCCACGCCCGAGGCCGUCAUCCGCGACCAGCUCCACAUCCACAUCGUUGAGAGGCAUCACGAGGACGCAGCCGACCUCGAGAAGGGCGACAUCCUGGCCCUAGGCGUUCAUCGCGACACACAGCUUGCCGAAGUGGGCAUCGCGCAUUCGGACAGUUCGCACAUCCUCCAGGUCAGCAUGGAGGCUGCCCGGGAAGAGUCUCCUGCGCCUGCGCCGUCCCUCGCAUAAUUCUUCUACACUCGAAUUUUCGUCUUUGUUUUCUCUCUGCAAAGCCAUUUUCUGUCAUCUUUCAUGCACCUUCAUGUAGACACCUCAUAAACAUGCAUCGUGGCACGAUCGGGCACUUCGCAUUACAUCUCUCCUGUCCCGUUUCCUCUCGCUUUUCGCCCUAUGGCACCCUACGCUCCCUCGCACAAUUAGAUCAUAUACUAGCACCGUAUCCUAUUACUAC